AUGCAUUCGGGAAAGACUGAAGACCUGCCGGAAAAUCCUCGAGAGCGAUCGAAUUGUAUUGUGGCGUCAUGGUUUUGGUAUACCAUACCCAUAUUUAUAAAGGGAUCUAGAAAAACCUUGGAUGCAAAGGACCUCUACAGACAUUUGGCGGAACAUAAAUCAGAUACUCUUGGCAAUAAAUUGUGUGCCUCUUGGGACCAAGAACUUAAAAAUGAUAAGGGAAAUCCGAAACUGUUGAGAGCUGUUCUUCGUGCUUUCGGCUGGCAACUUGGAUUCCCUGGACUGGCACUUUUCCUAGUGGAGCUGGGACUAAGAACUUUUCAGCCUAUUUUAUUGGUAAAGCUUAUUUCGUACUUCUCAAGCGACUCAGAAGCUGCAGAGAUGGGCUAUUUUUAUGCCAUUGCACUGAUCCUAAAUAGUAUGCUAAGCCUGAUGAUCAUAGCACCUGCCAAUUUCGGCAUUCAUCAUGCGUGCUUUAAGAUGCGGGUGGCGAUGACCAGCCUGAUAUACCGAAAGGCCCUUCGUUUGAGCAAGAGAGCUUUAGGCGAGACGACUUCCGGUCAUGUGGUCAACCUAAUUUCCAACGAUAUACCCCGUUUGGAUAGUGGAGUCUACACAGUACACUAUUUAUGGGUGGGGCCCCUUCAAGUUCUGCUGAUCACAUACCUGAUGUACCAGAAGAUUGGAAUUGCUGCAGUGUUUGGUAUGAUCUUUAUGCUACUUCUCAUACCUCUGCAAAUGUUUCUGGGCACAAAGACCUGGCACCUACAUCUAAAAGCUGCAGAAAGAACGGACAAUCGGAUUCGUAUGGUGAUUGAAAUAAUCUCUGGGAUUCGAGUGCUCAAGAUGUACGCCUGGGAACUGCCCUUUGAAAAGAUGGUGGCCCUGGCUCGCAAGAAGGAGAUGAGCUCCAUUCGCCAAGGACAGUACGUAAAGGGCUUUCGCUUCACCUGCAGAAUCAUUGUCUCCCGCGUGGCCAUCUUCCUCAGCUUGGUGGGCUACGUGAUCUUGGAACAGUUUUUCACAACGGAAGUGGCCUUUCUUAUAACCGCCUACUACAACGUACUGCUGACCGCCAUGUCCAUAUAUUUUCCAGCAGCCAUCAUACAAACGGCCCAAGUCCUGGCCUCCUUUAAGCGUGUGAAUAAGUUUAUGCAAUCCGAGGAGGUUUAUAAACGGCCAAGGAAUACAGAAGAUAAGGAGCAUCCCACAUCUGUUCUCCAAAAUACUGCCGUCUCCAUCACCGGACUCAAGGCCAAAUGGGAUCCUAAAUGUCCAGACUACACACUUAAUGGGUUACAUCUGCGAAUUCAGACCGGAUCUUUAGUGGCCAUCAUGGGAUCUACUGGAUCGGGAAAAUCCAGUCUUAUCCAGGCCAUUCUCGGCGAACUGAAAGCAGAAUGCGGAAAGAUAAAAGUGAAUGGUUCUGUUUCUUACUCCUCCCAAGAGCCGUGGCUCUUUUCCUGUACCAUUCGCCAGAAUAUUCUCUUUGGCCAGCCCAUGGAUCGACAGCGCUACGAGGAGGUUCUUAAAAAGUGUGCCCUGGAGCGCGAUUUCGAGCAGCUUCCUCUUAAAGAUAAAACCAUAAUUGGAGAGCGCGGAGCUUCCCUAUCAGGUGGCCAGAGGGCCAGGAUCAGUUUGGCCAGGGCUGUCUACCGAAAGGCCUCCAUUUACCUACUAGACGAUCCUCUCAGCGCAGUGGACACCAAUGUGGCCCGCCAUCUUUUCGAGCAAUGCGUGCUUGGCCAUCUAAAUGGAAGCACUGUAGUUCUGAUUACCCAUCAGCAGCAGUUUUUGCAAAUGGUCGAUCAGAUAGUGAUCUUGGAGAAGGGAGAAAUUAGGGCUGUGGGCACCUACCAGUCGCUCCUUAAAACGGGCCUCGACUUUGUCACCAUACUUGGCAAAGCGGGGAAGGAAGAUGGAGAUCAGAAGAAUCAGGAUAUCUAUAGCAAACCCCUUACAGAAAAUAUCGAGAAAUCUGUACAGUCCGUCAACGAUUCUAGUCCUAAAAAGAUUAUGAAAGAGCACCAAGAAUCUGGGGGCAUAAGAUUGGUAUUAUACAAGAAGUACUUCCAAGCAGGUGGUGGAUUGAUAGCUUUUUUUACCAUAAUGAGCUGCUCUUUCCUGGCACAGAUUUUGGUUUCGGGGGGCGACUACUUCUUAACUUACUGGGUCACCAAGAACCGCAAUACUACUAUCCAAAACCAAACAGAAGUUCUGGGGAUUAUGAACUCCGAAAGAAUGGAUAUAAACAUAUUCACACUGAUUAUAAUGUUGUCCGUUUUAAUGACCUCGACGUCCUCGAUUUUAAUAUAUAAUAUGGCCAAGAAAGCAUCUAUUCGUUUGCACAACUCCAUUUUCGUUGGCAUCACUCGAGCUCCCAUGGAUUUCUUUGGAACGCAUGAACACGGAAGCAUUCUGAAUCGGUUCUCCAGGGAUAUAAGCCAAGUGGACGAAAAACUGCCUGAUUUGAUAGUCGAUUUGUUACAGACUAUUUUUUGGCUGGCUGGAAUAAUUUGCGUUAUAGCCAUUGUCAACCCUGUGUUGCUGGUUCCAACAUCUAUUUUGACCGUAAUAUUCUAUAAGCUACGCAAUUUCUAUCUCAAAACUUCAAGGGAUUUGAAGCGAAUCGAAGCUAUAUGUCGGUCUCCAGUCUACUCGCAUUUGACUGCUUCCCUGACCGGAUUGUCAACCAUCCGUGCCUUCGAAGCUCAGAGGAUCCUGGAGAUGGAGUUCGACGACUUUCAGGAUAUGCACAGCUCGGCACUUUACAUGUCCAUUAGUACAUCGAGUGCCUUUGGUUAUUGGAUGGAAUGCUUAUGUGUGUUUUACAUAGCGAUCAUUACGCUCAGCUUUUUUGUUUUUCCUCCAAACAAUGGAGCUGAAGUUGGCCUGGCCAUAACUCAGGCCAUGGGACUAAUGGGCCUGGUCCAGUGGGGAGUACGUCAAACCGCCGAGCUGGAGAACACAAUGACUGCUGUGGAGCGGGUAGUGGAGUACGAGAACAUUGAGCCAGAAGAAGCACUGGAAGCGCCGGUGGAUAAGAAACCACCCAAGUCCUGGCCAGAGCAGGGAAAAAUAGUGUUUGAUGACCUAAGUCUUCGCUACACGCCGGAUCCGAGGGCGGAGAAAGUGCUGACGUCCCUCAGCUUCGUCAUAAAACCAAGGGAAAAGGUGGGCAUCGUGGGACGCACAGGGGCGGGUAAAUCCUCGCUGAUUAACGCCCUCUUCCGGCUGUCCUACAACGAGGGAUCCGUGCUUAUAGACACGAUGGAUACGAGCAAGAUGGGUCUGCACGACCGCAGCCAGAUCUCAAUUAUACCCCAGGAACCAGUUCUCUUCUCCGGCACAAUGCGAUACAACUUGGAUCCCUUCGACAAGUACACCGAUGAGAAGCUGUGGAGUUCGCUGGAGGAGGUGAAGCUGAAGGAUUUGCUGGCAGAUCUUCCAAGUGGCUUGCAGAGCAAAAUCAACGAGGGCGGAACCAACUUCAGCGUGGGUCAGCGCCAGUUGGUCUGCUUGGCACGGGCCAUUCUAAGGAAUAAUAGGAUUCUUGUCUUGGACGAGGCCACGGCCAAUGUGGAUCCACAGACGGAUGGCCUCAUUCAAAGCACUAUUCGAAAGAGGUUCAAGGAGUGCACAGUUCUGACGAUAGCCCAUAGAUUGCACACAAUAAUGGAUUCUGAUAAGAUCCUGGUCAUGGAUGCUGGAAGAGUUGUGGAGUUUGGAACGCCUUAUGAGCUGCUUACAAAUGGGGAUUCUAACGUCUUCCAUGACAUGGUCAAGCAAACGGGUCACGCCACUUACGUAGGUCUACUGAAAAUCGCUCAAAAGGCAUUUGAAACAUCCCAGAUCCACAGUCAUUCCACAAAAGAAUCUACUAUUUUGUAAACUAUAUUUAUGAAUUUAGUUUUGGGACUUGUGG